CAAUCGAAUAUCUCAUCAAUAUGGCAAACCGCCGCAUCUUCGUCAUUGGUGCCACUGGUGCCCAAGGCCUUCCCGUCUGUCGAGGUCUUGCUAAGGAUGGAGGCUACAGUCUGCGCGUCUUGACGCGUGACCCCAGCUCUGCGAGAGCGAAGGAACUCGCAAAACUUGGAGAUGUUGAAUUCAUCGAGGGAACUUUCGCCAAUGAAAGCGACCUACGCAAGGGAUUCGCCGGGUGCUGGGGUGCUUUUGUCAACAUCGACGGCUUCAACUGCGGCGAGAAGACCGAGACCUACUGGACGAUUCGCUGCUACGAGUUGGCAGUGGAGCUUGGGAUCAAGUUCUUCGUCUUUGGAAACCUUGACUACGGCUAUAAGAAGAGCGGCUAUGAUCCAAAGUUCCGAUGCGGACACUACGAUGGUAAGGGCCGUCUAGCCGAGUGGAUGCUGCAGCAGAGAAAAGGCAACGACAUGGGUGUCGCCAUCUUCACCACCGGCCCUUACAUUGAGAUGACGAUCUCCUCAAAGACAAUCAUGACGCCACUGGUCGAGAAUGGGAUUGUCACAUGGAGAGUUCCCCUCGGUGCUGGCGCAGUUCCGCAUGUUGCCCUCGAUGAUUGCGAGCACUAUGCCCGCUGGCUCUUUGACCACCCCGAAAGAUCUGACGGGAUGGACCUGGAGGUAGCCAUCGACCAUAUCCACUACGCAGACCUGGCAAAGGCGUUUGAAAGGGCCACGGGAAAGCCAGCUCAGUACAUUGACACUCUCAUGGACGUCUACUUCGACAACUUUCCAAUCUCAAGUCAACCUGCCGGAUACAACGCCGAUCCCAAGGACCCAGCGACUAUGUCUGUUAGGGACAACUUCUCAGGUUUCUGGACAAUGUGGACGAACUCUGGAGGCAACAAGGGAGUCAUUCAACGUGACUACGCACUCUUGGAUGAGAUUCACCCAAAGAGAAUCAAGACAGCGGAAGAGUUCUUCCGCAGGGAGAGCGAGAAACGUCGUCUUGCUGGCCUUGGGGAACUUUUUGAAGUCAUUGAGGCAAACAAUCUUGCAUCUAUCCUGAAGCUUGGCGAGGACAACCGACAGGGAAAUUUGUAGUUGAUUGGAUGAGAGCUACGACUUUUGUAGCAAAUCUGUCGAGAAUCUAGCAGUUCUCAAAUAGUACGCAAUUGCCCUCGCAACCUCCAGAC